AUGGCGACCGACCCGUCCAACGGCCUUGCUCCGCGGUUUUCUGUCCGCGACGACGACAGUUCGCAAGCCCAGAAGCGCGAGAUGGCUGGCUACAAGAGCGUCAUCUCCAAUUCAAAGUCGACCCCAGAGGCAAAGGCGAACGCUGAGAAGAAACUCAAGCAACUCAUGAGCGAUGAGAAAUUCGAGGCGAGUGACUGCUUCCUCCCCUUUUACCCUUUUGGGAUCCCACUUUUUCGACGUGGAAAGUCGGAUUCCGGCUUCUAUUGCAAGUAUUUUGCAGUGAUCGGAGGGAAUUUGUUCGCGCUCGACUCUGUGUUGGCGCUUGACGUCGCCCUUUUGAAUAAAGCGAUCGACUGUACCAUCGGAGACCGUGUUCACGGGCGCGAGAAGAAUGCAGCACAAGAGGCCAAGGACGAAGUCUUUGAGACUGUCGGGGAUCGCGUCCGCGCUCGUGGUCGCCAGUCAGGUCCAGGCUCGGCUUCUGCAAAUGCAGCAUCCUCCUAUCUGUCUGGUGACAAGAAUCCCAAGAGGAUUAUUGCCGGUCUCAAGGCCUCCUUGAGGAACCCUAAUACGUCUGAUGAAAAGAAGGAGGCUAUCCGCCAAAAGCUUAAGAGCAUGGGCGAAAAGGACAUUCCCGAGGCGUAA